AUGUCCAGCAGCUUCGAUUAUUCCCUUUACGAUUUUAACAACGACGAAAACAUCACUGAACGAAUUAAUGUUGCUUUCCGAGAGAAAAACAUAAAAGCAAAACUCUAUUAUUCGGACAAUUGCUUCAAAAUCUACAGUAUCAAACAUGACCCGAACCCCGAGGACUCCGGCUCCGUCGCACCCAGCCUUGAUGACGUGAUACACACAGCGUUUGAAACCAUCCGAGAAGGUCAGUGUAUCAAAGGUACCUGGACGGGAUCAUGUCAGAAGCUCUGGUCUGGAUCAGACAUUCCGGUGGGAUACGUUCAUGUACGCUGUGUUUCGGCCCCGCUGUUCAUCUUUCUUCCAGAAUGUGUGGUACAGGAGAGAUUGAAGGUUUCGGGGGAGUUAAGACGAUCGAACAUCUGCCCGUUUGUUACUGGGAGAGAAGGCUCUGAUGAAGAGCUCAUGCGGUUGUUGUCGGGGUAUUGUCCGGGGGAAUGGUCGAUGGCUGGGAUUCGUGAAUGA